AUUCAUAUACAUAUGCAAAAGCUUAACAAACGCAGAACAUGUUCCAUUUGGAUUGUGUGUUCUGCACCACCGAAUAAAUAAGCUUUCUUCCAAAAUCCCAAUUCUAAUCCACCAACCAAAAUUCAUCUCUCUUCUGUUGUAAGUCCUUUUUUCUGUCACUGUCUUUCUGGUGUGAUUAUCGAUUCUUUGCUCGGUGCGUUAAUUUUUCGUGGAUCCUAACAACCCCUUUUCAGGGAAGGUUGAAUGAUUUGGAAAAAAUGAGUACUUGCAAUGCGAGGCCAGAAGAAGAUGCUCUGAAAAUGGAGAAUGGAAAAGUUCCUUUCUCGGCAUUUUCAGAAUCAAAAGAGCAAAAGGUGAUUCAGCAGCCUCGUUCUAGCUGCCAGAUCAUUGAGAAUAUUCCUAAGUCCGGUGCAAGCGAGGAGGAUGUGCAGGUUAAUAUAGUUGGGAGUGGAAGCGGAACUUUUGGUGGCAAGGCAGUGGAAGAUGCUUGUGACGAAGCCACUGAUUCUGAAUGUUCCAGUUCCAGUUCUUUUGGUGAUACAGAUUCUGGUACAGAGGAUGCCUCGUGCUCGGCGUUCACCAACACGGAAAUAGAAUCGCUGCCAAUAUGUGAUGGUGAUCAAAGUAAGACUUCUUUAUCUAGAAAGAACAAAGCGAGAACGUGGCAUUGGAGGAGCUUCAUUCACCCUGUUAAGUGGCGCUGUAAGUGGCUAGAAUUGCAAGUGAAGAAACUUAACACUCUGGCACUGAAAUAUGAUAAAGAGCUUGCAGCAUAUGAUCAUAGAAAGCAGCUCGAGUUUUCAAAGUUCACUAUUGAUGAUCUUAAUGUGAAGUCAGUACCUAUAUACGAUGGCACUGGCAGAAAUAAAGUUAUGAAGAGAAAGAAAAGGAACAAAACUGAAGAACAUAAUUUAUCAUCAUACAUCUCUAAGCACAGUAUAUUCUCUUACUAUGAGAACAAAAACCAGGGCACUUGUGUGGAAGAUUCUUGUGGUGAUACCUUGAAUUUUACUGAGGAGUUCAAGUUUAAUGAUACAUUGUCUACUGCUGAUCUGGAAGAUAAUGAUAAAACUAUCAUUGAUGUCAUUAAAAGGAUUGAAGAGCUACAGUCACAUGUUGGGAAAUUGAAAACUCGAAUUGAUAAUGUUGUUAGAGAAAAUCCAGGAAAAUUAUGUUCUGUAACUCAGUUGGGCAUGACUGGACCAUCUGAUGGACUUCAUCAUUCUGGUCAUAAUUCUAGUUCUUUAAUUUGUAAUGACAACACAUUUCCUGUUAGAUUUGUUCGUGCUUCAUCACCGUAUAAAUCUGAGUUAAACAAAGAAGAUCUAUUUUUGAAUCAAAAUACAUUACCAACCCGGGCCAUGACAACUCCCUUUAUUGAAACCACCAAUAUGCCCCAGCAUGAGUUUCUCCCGGAUAAUACCGAGUAUGGAAUUCUUAUACAAAAUCAGGCAGCUAAAGAAGAGUUGCAUGAUUUUGAGAGUGGUAGAAAUCAAUUUAUGGAGAAAACCAAGGAAUCGGUUGAAGAGCAUAAAUCCAUGUCCCCUGAGAAUGCGGUCUCUGCUUUGCAAGUUGGUUCUGCAUCGAACUCAAAUCUUCGCAGGAGCAAAAGGAGGGGCAGAAGGAAAAUUGGUUCAAAGGGUUGGAAGCGGAGAUAGUCGGCUUAAGUUGAAUCUAAAUGAACUGAUUAUUUGUUUCUUUAGACAACUACAGGAGCUCAGAACUUAUCAAUCAUAACCUGUAAAUGGUAGUUUUGUCGGAUGUAAGUUUUCUCACAUCAAAAUGAGUUCUUACAUCAACAAAUGAGUUCAAUUGUACAUGACGUAAAAAGGUAGCAUGCUCUGUGUACAAAGAAAGCUUGUGUUUAUAAUUAUCGGAGAAUUGUUGAUUUGGGCAA